AAAUUUAUGCACUAUGUUUCAUGCUUAUACCGAAUGUAUUGCACUCACGGUUUGAUUUCAUGUUAACAUGUCCCUGUCACACACUUAGCAAGCUAAACCAGAAUAGUAGCGCUGAUAUUUGUAAGUGUACGUGUUGUGUUUGUGCCUGCAGCCAUGGCCGCAGAGGUGCGCUGCCUGAAGGCGCAGCUGGAGGAGAAAGAGAAAGAGAUCACUGCUCUGAAGAACAAGCUGGCACUACUGGAGAAGAGCCAUACGUCAGCACUGGAGCUGUAUGAAAAAGUGACACCCCUAACCCCCCUGACAGCCAAACCAGCGCUCAGCAACGAGGACAUCAUGCGGUACAGCCGACAGCUCCUUCUGCCUGAGCUGGGCGUACAAGGUCAGCUAAACUUAGCCAAGACCUCAGUGCUGAUUGUGGGCUGUGGAGGACUGGGCUGCCCUGUGGCACAGUAUCUUGCGGCUGCAGGCGUCGGACGCCUGGGCCUGCUGGACUACGACACGGUGGAGCUCAGUAACCUGCACAGGCAGGUGCUCCAUGGAGAGGAGAACCAGGACCGAGCCAAGGCUCUAUCGGCUGCCAGCGCAGUUAAAAGGUUGAACUCAACAGUUGAGUGUGUUCCCUACCACCUGCAACUCACAUCGGAGAACGCCUUGCAACUCAUUCAGCAGUAUGACAUUGUGGCUGAUUGUUCAGACAACGUCCCCACUCGUUAUCUGGUGAACGACGCCUGCGUGCUCAGUGGCAAGCCUCUGGUGUCAGCAAGUGCUCUGAGAAUGGAGGGACAGCUGACAGUAUAUAAUUACUGUGGAGGCCCCUGCUACAGAUGUCUGUACCCAGUACCCCCACCCCCAGAGACAGUGACCAAUUGUUCUGAUGGAGGGGUGUUAGGAGUGGUUCCAGGGAUAAUGGGCUGCUUCCAAGCUUUGGAAGUCCUUAAGAUUGCCUCUGGACAAGGCUCUUCCUGUGGACAGCAGCUGGUGAUGUUUGACGCUCAAGACGCCAGAUUCAGGUCCAUCAAGUUACGGCCCAAACAGGCCGGCUGUGCAGUGUGCGGGGAGAACCCCAGUGUUACCCAACUGGUGGACUAUGAGGCUUUCUGUGGGUCUGCUGCCACUGAUAAGUGCCGCAGACUCAACCUCCUUUCCAGAGAUCAGCGGAUCACAGUACAGGAUUAUAAAUCAAUAAUAGACAAGGCAGAGCCCCAUCUCUUGCUGGAUGUGCGCCCUCUUGUGGAGGUCGAUAUAUGCCACCUACCUUUCUCUCUCAACAUUCCCCUCUCAAGUUUAGAGGAGAGGAAGAGUGAACAUAUCCAAUUACUUCAGGAGAGAAUCAGCCAAUUGAAGCAGCAGAUGGAGGGCGAUCGCCAGCCUCCAGUGUUUGUGAUCUGUAAGCUGGGUAACGACUCUCAGAAGGCGGUGCAGGUUAUUGAGAAGAUGAGCGGAUCAGAACUGGACAGUAUCACAGUGAAAGACAUCAGCGGAGGCCUCAUGGCUUGGGCAAAGAGAAUAGACCCAUCAUUUCCACAGUAUUGAUUUGUUUUUGAAUGAUUUUUUUGUUGUCAAUAAACUGCAUUAUGUUUGC